GCCCGGCCAGGUACGGCAUGCCGCCCCCCGGGUACGGCGGCUACGGGAUGCCGCCGCCCAGCUACGGCGGGCCCCCGCCGCUGCCCCCCGGUUGGGAGCAGGUCACGGACCCCGCCAGCGGCCGCCCCUACUUCUGCAACCGCUCCACCGGCGAGACCAGCUGGACGCCGCCCGCGGCGCCGGCAGGCGGCCUUGGAGGGCCCGGUGGUCCUGGCGGCUACGGCGGCGGCCCCGGCCCGGGCGGACCGGGCGGCCCCGGCGGGCCCGGGGGGCCCGGCGGCUGCCCGCCGCUCCCGCAGGGCUGGGAGCAGGCCAACGACCCUGCGAGCGGCAAGCCGUACUACUUCAACCGCGCAACCGGUGAGACGCGUUGGGAGCCGCCUCGGUGAGACUUGAGUGGUUCAGCGAGUUGCUAAACGCUUGCCUCACUGAUCCGCCGUCUCCCCCGCAUUUCGAAAGCUUGUAGCCACGGCGCUUUGAUUGUCCGACAUACGUCGGCGAUCCUCUGUGACGUGGCAGUUGAUUGUGUGGCUGGUUGUUCGGAAAAAAAGGCAAUGUUUCGACCAGCGUGCAGGUAGCAUGUGCGCUUUGAUCACCAAGUAUUUAAAGUCAUGGUGAUAAGUCGUCGCUGCGAUCAUGAUGACUGGCCCGAGGAAUUAUCUGUCUCGACCAGUCGAGAGCACCCUCGUGCUCCUUUUUCCCAGUCCUCCCGCCCUGGGUUCUCCUUUUGAAUAGAGCGCUGCGGUCUCCACCUUCCCGCCCCGCUCUCCUUCUGCCUUCUCCUCCUGCUCUCUACCUUGCGUGUACUUGUCUGCUGAUCUAUGUGCUUAGCGCCAUUUGCCACGCCGGGCAACGGGCCUCCUCUUCCC